UCACUUCAUCAGCCUUCGUUACCAUGGGAUGUCAACAAGUAUGGCGGAGCUAACUGACAUCUGGCCUCGAACAUGAGUCGAAGUCAUCGGAUAGUUGAGGAAUUUUUUGGAAUCACAUAAGAGGUCCAGUUACUGCAGUGCAAUCCUCCUGAGGUGACUUGCAGACAAGUAAGAUGUCUUACGCUGAGCAUGGGCCACGUAUCUUCUUGGCUGGCAGACCGAACAAUGGUACACCGUUACUGUACGGAGACUACGUACUCCCCAGGAAGCGAUCAGAGGGUCGCUUGAAGAUCUACGAGUCCUGCUCCGACAUCAGAGCUUGGAGUCAGAAUCCACUGGAGAAUUGUCGCUAUUUUCGAGAGCUUGCUGAACAUGCUUCGGUGCCAGGCAAGGUUAUUCCUUUCGACGUGAUAAUUGACAACUUACUUAGUCUCGGAUCCAGGACACACGAUGAGCUGGUCGCAGCACGAAGGGAACUACAGAGGUACAAAUCCCUUAUACUUACUCCGGAGCAAGAGAAACAAUUGCAAAAUGCGUUCCAGGAAGAAGGACCAGCCAGAGAUCGUAGGAAAAGGAGAGCAAAGCCAACAGAAAGAACUAGAUCGCUCUCGAGAACAGAUACUGCCUCGAAGGAUAAAAUUAUUCCACCGACAAGAUCAGUUUCCUUCGUGUCGGUUUGUUUGCGUACUUACAGUAGGGAGCAGGCUUUGAAUCAAACUGAACAUCCCCUCGGUGACAGGAACGAAGAAUCUAUUCCACAGUUUGCAGACAAAAAGUAUGUUUAUGUUAGUCAAAUGCCAUGGAAAUGGCCAAUAGGACAGAUAGCGAAGCCACUGGUUGGAGCUGCAUACAUUAUGGAUAAUAUUCCUGCGAAAUCACAAAUGGCUCUUCGAAGCAUUCGGUCACCAUCAUCCACUCUCGGAGGGUGCAACAAUGAAUCAUUGAAGAGGCAAGUUUACACUCAACAAGGAAAUGAGGUUAAUUCAAAUUCUACCGUAGAGAAAAGUAAUUCUACUGAUUCGUGUCCAGCUACUCCAGGGGAAACCGUUUCACAACCACCAACGAAGGAGUUCAUCAGCAUCGAUGAGUAUAAUAGUGGAUUUAAGAAACGAUCAAAAAUGCAACGGAGAAGGGACGUAGUGAAAUUUGUAUCUUCUGAAAGCUCUGCAUCGUCUGCUGCCAAAUCGAAUACUGACAGCGGGACAGGAACAACUUCUGGAACAGAGUCUGAAAGCGAAGAUGAAACCUUCGAGGCCACUAUUAUAAAGAAGGACUCGGAGAUCAUAGCACUGAAGAACGAGAUUGCUUCUAAAAGUGCAGAUGUCGAAGAGCUUCGAGAGGUUAACCGAAGUUUGGAGGCAGCUUUGCAGGAUAAGGAAAAACGUCUAAGCAUGGUUCAAAGAGACCUCAAUCUGACUCGAGAGCAACUGAACGAAGUGGAAACCCAUCGAAGCUAUGAGGCGGAGGGUUUGAAGCAAAAGUUGUCGACGUAUAAGCGCAGCAUAGAUCAGCUGAGAGAAGAGGUUAACCAGAAGUCCUCUAUAUGUCAUAAGAAGUCCGAAGAGAUCAAAGAGUUGAAGUAUCGCAUUAAGGAAGUGGAAGCUGAUAGGGAUUCCCAGACUAGACGAGUCGACGAAGCCGUGAAAGACGCCGAAAAGUGCGAUUUGGCCUUGCGAGAAAUGGACGCCAUCGUGCGGGAAAACGGAGAACUACGGAAAGAAUUGACACGUAUGAUGCACGAGAGAGAGGAAUUGCGAAAAGAAAUAAACGUGAGGGAUUGCACUAUCGGCGAUCAAGAGGAAGAGAUUAAGCUUCUAGCGACGUUCACUGACAACUUGUCCGCAAAGUACGAAAGGGAGAAGGGCACCCUGCGCAAGCUGCGUCAGGACCUGGAGGAGAAGAAUGCAACGAUCAGCCAGCACGAGGGACAGUUUGUCACCCUGGAGCGGGAAGUCGGCAACGUAGCUCUAAGCAUUAAGGAAAGCUGGAUCAGUGUGAGCGAACUCAACGCUGCUUACGAGGAGGCUUGCAGAGUUAGGAUGGACACUUUAUCCCAAGGAACGAAAUCACUGCGCGACUGUUACGAGACCAUGAGGGACAUCGAGGACCUCCGCUAUUCGAAGAAUGAAGAAGGAACAGACCUCGAAGAGGUUAAGAUGCCACUUUCACAUCCUCUUAAGUCUCCUGACAUGCAUGACAAAUUACGCAGCAUCGAGUCUUCGGUGAAUCCUGGGUCGGACUCAGGCUUUGGAUGCAGUCAAAGUCUAGAUACAAAAGCCCACCGUCGACAUGGUUAUGACGAAGGAGUGACACUGCUGGAGUUGAGAAAACAGAGGUCCGCUUUGCAGGAUGAGCUGCAGGUCUUGGAAGGAGAAAUCAAGAGACGGUUUUCUAACAAAGAUGUGAAGAACUUGGAGAACGUUAAAUGCCAUUCUAAGAACGAAGGGGACGAUGAAUUUAGGAGUUACCUGGAUUUGUUCGAUAGUCUUAAGGAGAUUAUGGACCAGCGAGACAAUUGGAGUAGAGAGAAGGAACGGCUGGAAAGCCAUGUGGAGGUAUUGAAGACUCAACUGGAACUAUUAAAUCAAGCUCGACAAAAUGGUGGCGACUCGGUUGAGGAAAUCCUAAUCCAGCAUUCUUCUCGUUUGAUUUGUAGAUUGCGCCACUAUAUAAAGGCAUUCGAACGCUUAGGCGAAGAACAAUGUCAAAGGUACCCUGAAGAGUCUUCAUCCGAUGCAAUCGACAUGUCAAAUCCACUUGUCGAGCUUGAACCUUCCGACUGCUCUAACAGAAUUGUUCAUUCAGAAGAAUCUGAGGAUAAAUUCACUGACAAUAAAGUCGAUACAUUCUUUGCACAAUGCAUUAACGAUAUGCUGGAUAGAUGCAAGGAGAUAUUCGAGAAAUUAGAAGGAAAGCAUGAAGAGCAGUUGGAGAUGGUUCGGCAACUAGAAGAGCGGCAACACAUGGUCGAAGAAGUCCAAUCGGAAGUGAAAAGACUGGAAGAAGAGAUUCUAGCCGUUCGAGAAGAAGCGAAAAUCGCGAAUAAAGAAAAGCAAGAGUUAGAGGAUCUCUAUUCCGCGGAGAAGAAGAUCAACGCGAGUCACGUUAACGAGCUUAAUCGUCUGCAAUCUUUUACGAACGACCUGGGGAAAGUUAACGAGGACCUUGAGAAGAAAGCCGAGAGAGUUUCGCAGAUGGAGGAGGAGCUCAAAUCCCGCGACCUUGAGAUCACAGAGUUGCAGAAAAAGAUGGAAGAUCUUCAAGAGGAGUUCGCUGUUCUUUCUACCGAGAACAAAGCCCUGACGUCGAAGCUGACGAAGGCGGGAGUCGAGCUUCAGCAGAAGGAGGAGGCCCUGAAGAGGUCCGACAACCUGAAGACGACGCUGAACGUCGUGGCGGAGAAGAUGGAGCUCCACGUGGAGAAAUUACAAGAAGAGAACGAGCAGCUCCAAGAGCGGGGUCUGCUCUUCAGGAAGGCUCUAGCAGAGCGCGACAGAGACAUCGAGAGGUUGCUGAGAGACAAGGAGACCAUGAAGACCCUGUUGGACGAGAAGGAGGUGGCGUUCGAAAAGGAAGUUCACUCGAAGGACAUUUGCAUAUCCAGACUGAAGACCCAGGCAGAAAUUUUGAAAGAGAAUCUCAGGGUCUCGGAAUCGAAGCUGGUCGAGAUGAACGGCACCCUGGGAGUCCUGCAGAAGGAGCAAGAGAAGCUGGACGAGUUGUCGAGGCUUCCCGGAGAGAUAUCGAGGCUGUUGCACGAUAAAGAGGUCCUGAAGGAAGAAGUGACCAGCUUGGAGUCCAGGCUGGCCAAGGAGCAGACUUCCAACAAGGAGCUGGAGGAUAAUCUGAACGUUUUGAUGAGGAACAACGACUGCUUGCGGCAACAGGUGCAGAGCCUGAAGAGGCAGAACGAGCUGCUGUCCUUGACGAUCCUGCAGGAGAUUUCUGAAAAGGAGGACGCUGUUAUCAGGUGUGACAAGGUCCUGGGAAGUAUCUUAGCCUUGAAGAAGCAGCUGUCGGUCGCGGAAAUGCCCGGCGACUUUGGAUCCCUUGAAGGCAGGAUACAUAAGAUGAAUUCAAAGUCCUUGAAGGAUGCCGCCUUGAUCGGCGAGUUGAGCAGGAAGAUUAAAAUCCAGGACAAGCAGAUAUCUCAGCAAAGGGGGAAAGUACAAGCUUUGGAGCGGGAAAAUCACAACUUAAACGAGCAGCUGAUCCGGGUGAAGAGCGAGCUGAAGAAUCUUCCUUUAAGGUUGAAAAGAGCGCAAAGGCUGAACCUCGACGGCAAGUUCAACGAGCUUUGUAAGCACUUCCCGAAGACGGCCUCCGAGGAGCUUAACUCCCCUGUAGAUGGCGACAGUUUAUCAAGGAAUGACGUUAACGAGAUAUCUCGGCAAAUGAGACUGCUGGAAAAUGAAUGCAAGCAGAGGCGAGCCGAGGUGAAGAGAAUCCUCUGCGAAUUCGAGGCUAAAAGCAGUGCUAUGGAGGCCCUUAAGGACGAGGUCAAGUCUUUGACCAGCGAAAGGGAUCUGCUUCUCGCCAAGUUGGAAGACAUGCAGAGCCAAUAUACUGCUUCGCUGGCGAAGCUGAAGCAGACCUAUGAGAAGAAUUUGAAGGCCUUGCACGAGAAGCACAACAGCAGCAUUCGCCGGUUGGAGGCGCAAUUUAAUGAGUGCACAACUAAUCCUGGACAGAAAUACUGGGAAGACUCUCUGAGAGAAGUUAUGGAAGAGAACCGCAGACUGAAGACUGCGAACAACAUGCUCCAGGAGCAGAUCAAUCAAAGAGAAGUGGACUCGCAGAAAGACUGCGAAUUGGAACAUUCCCUUCAGGAAGCACAUCAGACCCUCCAAAAAUUGAAUGAAGCUAUCGACAAGGAGCAGCAACAAAACUCCGACUUGGAGAGCAGACUUUCGCGUUGUGUGCAGAGCCAAUUUCCAAAUGGUAUAAAGACCGAGGAGAAAAGUGCAAAUCGAGGAAUCAGCAAUAAGUUGGAUGCCGGAGACAUCGAUCAAGAGCCAGUCAGUCAAAAAACCCUGAACGAUCAUUGCAUCGAACAGAAUGCAGAUCGUGACUUCAACUUAACCUAAAAACGUGCACCCUUAAAUAUUAUAUACAAGGACAUCCUUUUUACAAAGACAAAAUUGGAAAGCACUAAGUGUUAGUUGCAUGUCAAAGUAGAGAUAAUUACCUCGAUGCCAAAGAGAGGUAUCCUUAAAAGUUGUUGAAUCAAAACCUAAAUUGACGAUGACAUCGGAACGUAUUAAUUCAACAGUUGUUUAUAUGUAGUUUACACGUCAUUGUUUUCAUGCCAGUUAUUGUACGGAGUGCAUACCAUUACAUGUAUAACAACCUGAAAGGUUAAUACCAACGAAUGAUCGAUAAAUAUCGAGGAUUCUGUACGACCUUUUCGAAGCAUUUGCCUUUUGAGUACCUUUAAUUAUACAAUUUACCCGCACAUAUUUAUAUCUAUACAUAUAUAUAAAGAAAAGAGAUUGUACAACCAUGCAUAACAACUAUU